CGACUUCAAUAGUAUACGCGUCUAACAACCUAUCAUUAGCCACUAUGUACCCCGAAGCGGUCACCGUCGACAGUAAAUCAUCUUAUUCUGAUUUCGAUCCUAGCCAAUCAUCUCAGAGUUCGCAACAGAAUUCGUGCCAGGGAUACGAUAGACGGGUGAGCUUCAGUGAUGUACAAGAAACAGCUUUCUACAACGUGUACGAGCCGCCUCACGUCGUAAACUUGUUGCAUACGUUGAAAAUGAAGAAGCCCAAGUACAAAAUGAAACGUCGGUCGUCGGGUAGUAAAGUGUGGUGAUCAGCAACACCAGUACGAAUAACUUCAAAAUAUAGGGUUCACGGAGACCACAAUGCAGCAGUCAACGACGAAAAAGCACUCUAGGAGGCGUAGAAUAUAAUAGUUAAUCUCAAAAACGCUUAAUACGCAACGGUGCAUUCGAAACAAAGCCGAUUAGCCAAAAACAAAUUAGCAGAACGGUGUUCGCACAGGUUCUAUGAGCUGUGCGUGACGGUCAUGCAACGCUUGUUCUCUCAGAUGGUGAAUGUCAACAAUUGGCGAUGGCGUAGCGGCUUGAAAGCAGUGGCAAACAAGUGGAACUUUCAAUGCCACUAAUGAGCAACGCUCCAUGUUGAAUAUUGCAGAAUUCCACGAUCUUCUGGCGAGGCAGUUAACACUCGCUUAGAAUAGCAUUAAUCGUGACGGAAGGACGGCAAGGAUCAUACGGUGUUGUGGGUCAGAUGCGGGCAUUGUGGGGACACAAAACACACAUGUUGUGCUUAAUGCAGCUAUCACUAUAUACGUGAUAGUAGAGGGAGGUAAAACCAGCCAACUCUCGCCGAGCUCAAACUCGAUUGCAUAGAAUCAACGCGAACCAACGCAGACUACAAUUAUCACCCAAAUAGACUUGGACUGUGAAUCAUCCUUCGAAUAAAAUCUGCAUAUUUUAC